GAUAUGGAUUAUGGAAAUGUUGGAAGGCGGGGAGAUAAGCAACUUUUUUGACAUCGUGACAGGAGCGGGCGGCCAAGAAGUGGGAGAGGAGACCCCGCAUUGCACCACACCCCGGUUUCUUUGCCCAUUUCGGACCUUAUCUCUUCACUUGGUGCUUGAAUUAUCGAAUGGCCUAGUCACAAGUUCACGACACCGAUAGGACAUGUUUCCCCGUGUCUUUUUCUUUUCCACGCCGAUCCGGGCAUCGCUGGGGCCGGGUGACGUUGGUUCGGGAAGCUGGAUGCCGAGCGAGCGCAACUGAGCUCAGACUUCGGGCCUGCGAUAUGGGCUUUAGUGAUGCUGUCUCCAACGACCCCACUGCCAACGAGAUUCCCGGAUGACACCCAGGACUCACGUCAGAUACCACCUCAGGCAGUCAACGGUGUAUCUUCAAUGCUUUCGAGUGUUUAUUUGUCGAAUAAUGAUUUCUUUCUCCGUGCUGUCGGCCGAGUAUGCUAAUUGCCGGUGCAGAGGUUCAUGUGGAUUGCCACGCUGGAUCGCGACUUUAGUGAAAGGCUUCUUUGCGUAGCCAGGUCGCUAACGUGGGGUUGGGACUAACUGUCGCUAUGCAGUCAGCCACUCAACGGUGAGCAUCCUUGAUGUGCGGGGUUAUGUUCCUGCAGCAGGGGUCUUUGAAGGCUGCCAACCAUCAUGCUUCCAUUGGAGGAUUCCGGGUGGAUGGUAAGGGACGAUAUCUGGGAGAGCUCCGAUAAGAGCUUCAGUCAAUUGGGGUUACGAUGGAUAUGGCCAUGACGGAUCUGGGUGGGAGAGGGUGAGAAAGAUAUCAUAAAAGGUGUCUUCCCCGGUCGUGACCAGCAUGGGAUUUUGUCCCUAGACCUUCAAGCUCCUUUCAGUCUUUCUGCCCACCAGAGAAAGCAUCAGUCAUGAGUUUCUUCGACAGCCUGAGCCCUCGGGCCGUGGCUACCUCUGCCCUCCUCCUCAUCUCCUUCGCCCAAGAUGCCCUCGCUCGCCCCAACCCCGACCCCAAGGCUCCUUGGGUGAAGAACACUGGCUUGGGCAAGAAGAAGAUGGCCAACCACCUCAAGCGUGCCAUCAUGGGCGACAGGAGAGCUGUCGAGACGCCCUUCUGCUCCGAAACAUUGGCCACCGAAAUCAAGGCCCCCAAGCCGAACGUUUGGGGCCCUCUGGUGGACGUCGAGGUUGCUUCUGUUGUUGAGUGGCUUUUCGCCCAGGCCGAUCUCAACCUGACCGUCACGGAAGAAGCGGGUGGAUGGGAUAACACCAUUCAACUUGUCGAAGCCAUGUGGCCAAACAAGACUGAUGUUCUUGCCUUCGUGGAUGGCGAUGGCCCUGCGCCGACCAAGUACGCCCACGUCGUUCUCAACAACCGUGCGACGGAAACCCCCCAUUACGCUGAUAUUAUCGUUGGACCCUUGCCCCUUGACAAUGCUACUGCCAAGUGGGAGCCCCUCGAGUAUCCCUACACGAAGCAGAACGGUGGCAAGGUGCGCAACCUCGAUGCCGAUUCCGACCGCCUCUACUCGGAGUGGCUCUUCAAGAUCGGUGCCUCCGUCGCCGACAUCACUCUCGAUCUGUGGAACGGCACGGCCAUGGGCUUGGAAAACGACACCCUCUCCAUCUGGGGCAUUGACCCUCUCUGGCAGGAUGACGGCGAAAUCAUCCGCUGGGACACCUUCUGGAACAUCCCUACUGGCGACUUUGAUGACAUGACUCUCUUUCCUCUUGGCCUCUACUUCAGCAGCGAAGUCAGCGGCAGAGACCCCAGCAAGUGGGAACUUCGUGGGUGGCUGUACAACAGCGUUUUCUAUGCCACUACUGAGGAGUUCCGUGCUGCCUACUGGUCUGAGGACUUCGUCAAGAACGGGCCCAACGUCGAUGGCGACUGGGCUAGAACUGACAAGAACGGAGAAACCCCUGAGAUGGACAAGGCCCAGGGCCCCGUCAUUGUUGCUCCCGCUGGCGCUCGGUUUGCCGUUGAUCACAAGGAGAAGUACGUCGAGUGGAUGGACUGGAGCUUCUAUGUCGGCUUCAACCGCGACACUGGUCCUGGUCUUUUCGACAUCCGCUACAAGGGCGAGAGACUCGUCUAUGAGCUGUCCCUCCAGGAGGCUUUGGCUCACUAUGCUGGCAACGACCCCAUGAACUCCGGCACCGCUUACCUCGACAGCUUCUACGGCUUCGGUCCUUACACCUUCGAGCUUGUCAAGGGAUACGACUGCCCUGCCUACGCCACUUAUAUGAACACCUCGUUCUACGUCAAUGAGGAGACUCGCACCCACAUCGACAGUCUCUGCUUGUUCGAGUACGUGGCCGACUACCCGAUGCAGAGACACACCACCUCGGACUACGUCUCGGUCACCAAGAACACCUAUUUUGUGAUCAGAUCCAUUGCCACCAUUGGCAACUACGAUUACCAGCAGUCCUUCUCCUUCUUCAUGGAUGGUUCUUUCGCCGUCGAGGUUCGCGCUUCUGGCUACAUCCAGAGCGCCUACUUUGCUGGCAAUGAGGACUACGGCUUCAAGAUCCACGACAACCUCAGUGGUUCCAUGCACGAUCACGUUCUCAACUUCAAGGCCGAUUUCGAUGUUCUGGGCACCAACAACUCCAUCGAGCUCAUGAGCAUGGUCCCAGUUUCCAGGUCCUACCCCUGGUCCGCUGGGAAGGUCCGCAACACCAUGGCCCUUGAGCGCAAGUUCAUCGAGACCGAGGAUGAGUCCCGCUUCAACUGGGGCCCCAACUCGGCCACUCAGGUCUUGAUCGUCAACGAGAACGAGAGGAACAAGCACGGCGAGAUGCGCGGCUACCGUGUGCUCCCUUACAUGGGCACUUCUCACUUGACUGUCCAGAACAGCACCAACUUGGGCGUCGCUGCUCAGUGGGCCAACCAUGACGUCCAGAUCACCAAGUACAAGAAUUCUGAGCAGAAGGCUUACCACGCCUUCAACACGCAGGAUGUCCAUGAUCCUCCCGUCAACUUUGACAAGUACUUCGAUGGAGAAUCCGUCCGCAACGAGGACAUUGUCCUGUGGCUGAACCUGGGCAUGCACCACGUCCCCCACACGGGUGAUCUCCCCAACACGGUGCAGACCACUGCCCAUUCAGGCAUCCAGUUCAUGCCGUCCAAUUACUUUGACAUUGACCAGAGCAGACGCACUGUCAACCAGGUCCGCAUCAACUACUUUAACGGCAGCGCCGAGGUGGAGGAGUUUGGCCAGUUCAAGGCCGGCAGCUCCGAGGGCACUUGCAGCACCUGCAAGCUCAACUACACUCCUCUGGAGCCCGAGCACCAGGGCUACAAGGGCGAUGUUGUCAUUCGCAAGUUCCCCUUUGACCCCAACAACCCGUUCUAUGCCACUUCUGGCAUCUAAGAUGGGAGUGAUGAUCUGACAUGAUUAUGAUUUAUGCGGGGAUGAAUGCCAGGGAGGUUGGUAGUUGAUAGACAUACCUUAUGAUUAGAUGUAGAUGGCAGGCAUGUUCAGGGCAUGAUGUAAUGUGGUGGAUGGUGUUUGUAUGCUUUGGAUAGUGCUUUGAUGAAUACAAAUGAAGAAGAAUUUGAAUAUCUGUAUCAUG